GUCAGGGGCAACAAGAAAAGACGCUCUGCUCACAGCUAGCACGAGAACAGAGCUUCGCGCCAUUGGUGACAUGGCGGUGUAUUUUGACCACCCAAUUGAUGCCCCAGAGAGCAGUGGUGCACCCAUACAACUGACCUGGCACCCAGUUUCACCCGUUCUGGCUGUGGCAUCAAGUAGCCCCAGUUCUGGAGGCACUGUUGAUGUUUACAUGCAACAGGGUGACUUUGUGGAGAAGUGUCACUUAGAAAGGUCUUACCAACCCACUGUGGUGCAUUGGCAUCCUACAAAGCCAGUGCUUGCUGUUGGCUGGGGGAAUGGAGAAGUCAUUUUGCUGACAUACCCCUCUGGAGAUCACACAGCCCUGCCCAACACACAUUCAGUCUCCUGCACUCUGCUUAAAUGGAGUGGUCUUGGAAGUCGCUUAGUAACAGGUGACCAGAAUGGAGUUCUUGCAAUAUGGAACAUUAAUGGAAAGGGAAGACCUCAAGCAAAUCAUCUAACUAAGCAUGAAUACAAAAGACCCUUAUCCAGCUGCAUAUUUAAACCUGCAACGCCUGGCGAUGAUGUGGCAAAGCUUGCUCAUGCAUCUGUACGGGGGGAUUCAAAUGCUUUGGACAAGUUUGGUUGGAAUAAGGCGCCUCUCAAGAUCGGUCCACAAGAAGAGCUUACAUUUUAUGUAAGCACCACAUAUGGUACUGUCUAUGUAGUGGAUGAGCAUGGUAAAUCAAGUGAACUUCUGAAUGUGGAAGGAGCCAUUAAACAUCUGUAUUACUUUGACAAAAGAGAUGUCCUUGCUGUGAUCACGGAUACUAUGGUACUCUCACAAUACUCAUUAGGACCCCCAGGAGGAGCCCAAGAGUUUAUGAGGGUAAAGUUGAGUAGCAAGUCCAGGCUGACUAAUUACAUUGCUUGGACUGACAAUGGCCUCCUCAUUACAACAUCAGGAGAUCAGACCAUUAGGCUGUGGGACCUUGAACGUGAUGACAACUAUGUUUUGUCUCUUGAGGAGGCUGUAGGCUUUGAGAGAGAUGAAAUUGUCAACUGCGUUUCUUAUUGUUCAGGAAAAGAAAUACUGGCGGCAGGUACCAGCUGUGGUCGCAUAGCAAUGUGGAAAAUGGUGUUCCAGUCCGGUAAUACCAAGACAGACGGUAAAAUCCAGUGGAAAUUACAAGCUCCUACUGAAAUACAGGGCAAUGUAACACAACUAGAGUGGAGUUCCAACUUAAACCUUUUAGCUGCCAACAAUUCCCACACUGUCCUGAUCCUGUCUGAGCAUGUUAUGUCAGCCCACUUCAGCCAGCAGGUGGCAGCUGUCCAGGUUUCACCAACUCAGCUCAGUGUUUCUCAGUUCCACCCAGAGGUGCACCUGGCUCUGCAGUCAGACUCACACAUCAAGGGCGUCUGUGGCACAAAGGACUCAUUGAUAGUCUGGAGUGGCAAACAGAUUACUGUUUACGAAAUUUCAGAAACAGCUUUACACAACUCUGGGACAUUUACUUGUGACUCCCAUGUGGUAGCAGUUCAUGGAGAGAAUCUCUACACUGUGGAACCCAAUAGAGUCCAGAUCCGCACACCCCAGGGCACAGUGAAGCAGUUACUAACAUUUUCCAAAACCGAAGGAAACCCGGUGCUGCUCAGUGUGUGCCAGUCAUAUCUAGUAGUUGGCACAGACACCGCUCAUAUAAGAGUAUUUGAUCUCUGCCGAAGAGAUGCCAAAGCUCACUCAAGUGCCAAGAACCUGGCUGAGUUUAUUCCCAAUUUGGGGACCUUAACUUCUGUUAAGUGUAAUGCAAAUGGCAGCCAAGUAAGCUUCCUCAUUACACAGGUAAAUGGAAGGCCAGAUCACAAAGUGUACUUUUACGAUGUUGAGAUGGACACCAUUACACACUUUGACUUCUUUAGUGGAAGACCUUCCAGUGGUAUUACAACAUCUGAAGAAGGCGAAAGGCAGCAGUUAGAAGGGACAGAGCUCAGUGACCGCUAUCCCAUUUCUCACUUCUGGGAUGAGAGUGAACCUCGUCUUUUUGUUUGUGAGACUCUGCCUGUCAGCUCUGAGAGUUCAUCACCUGUUCCUGUGGAUGGGGCUGACGUCUCUGUGGUGACAUUGUUCUGCACUCAGGAGCAUGGGCUUCUUUUACACGACUGUUACCUCAAACCUGCUGGUCUGCAGUCUCUCCUUGCUAUGGAUGUGCCAUACUAUUACUUCAUCUGCAAGCCUGGGGAGAGGGAUUCAUCAUGUCACACGAAAGUGACACCUCCGCUCCUCCACCUGUCUCAGAAAAGUCCAACUGCCCCAAAGAUGGUGUCGAGGCGAGCACUCCGAGACUUUGUGGGGCUGGAGAACUGUGAGAAGACCACCCGAGCCGCCAUGUUAAAUUUCAGCUUUUACCUGACCAUUGGUGAUAUGGAUGAAGCCUUUAAGUCUAUCAAACUAAUUAAGAGUGCAGCAGUAUGGGAAAACAUGGCGCGGAUGUGUGUAAAAACACGGCGCUUGGAUGUGGCACGGGUUUGCCUCGGGAAUAUGGGAAAUCCCAGAGCAGCAAAAGCAUUGAAGGAGGCUGAGGUCGAGCCAGAGCCUGAAGCACAAGUUGCAAUGUUAGCCAUUCAGCUUGGCAUGUUGGAAGACGCUGAGAAGUUGUACAAGUCCUGUCAGAGAUAUGACCUUCUCAACAACUUCUACCAGGCCUCAGGCGACUGGCUCAAAACUUUGGACCUAGCAGAAACACAUGAUCGCAUCCACCUGCGUACCACCUACUACAACUAUGCAAAAUACCUAGAAAGUGCAGGGAGUAAAGCCCAGGCCAUUACAUUCUUUGAGAAAUCCGACAGCCACAGAGUUGAAGUGCCAAGAAUGCUUCAAGAUGACACAUCUUCUUUAGAAAUCUAUGUGAACAAAAUGAGGGACAAGAAUCUGUAUAAAUGGUGGGCACAGUAUCUCGAGAGCCAGUCAGACAUGGAUGGAGCUCUGCUUAACUAUGAAUUGGCUCAAGAUUACCUCUCUCUUGUUCGGGUUUUCUGCUACAUGGGAAACAUUCAGAAGGCAUCUGAGAUUGCCAAUGACACGGGGGACAGGGCAGCGUCCUACCACCUGGCCCGACACUAUGAGGGACAUGAUGAUAUCAAACAGGCUGUUCACUUCUACACACGAGCUCAGGCUUACAACAAUGCCAUACGGCUUUGUAAGGAGAACAGUUUGGAUGACCAGCUGAUGAACCUAGCACUCCUCAGUAACCCAGAGGACAUGAUGGAGGCUGCUUGUUACUAUGAGGAGAGAGGCGCCCAUAUGGACCGAGCAGUAGCUCUUUACCACAAGGCUGGUUAUGUGUCCAAAGCCUUGGAGCUGGCCUUUGCCACAGAGCAGUUCUCUGCUCUGCAGCUCAUUGCAGAGGGUCUGAACGAGGGCUCGGACCCUGCCCUGCUGGCACGCUGCUCCGACUUCUUUAUUACACAUGCCCAAUAUCAAAAGGCUGUGGAGUUAUUGGUGGCAGCUAAGAAGUAUCAGGAAGCACUGGAGCUGUGUGUGAGCCAGAACCUGGACAUCUCAGAGGAGCUAGCAGAGAAGAUGACUGUGACCGAGUCAAAGGAUAUGUCUGAGGAGGCCAGGAAGGAGCUGCUGGAGAGGAUAGCAGACUGCUGCAUGCGACAGGGCAACUACCACCUCGCUACCAGAAAGUACACCCAAGCGGGGAACAAGCUCAAGGCUAUGAGGGCUCUUCUCAAAUCUGGUGACACAGAGAAAAUAAUAUUCUUUGCCAAUGUUUGUCGUCAAAAAGACCUUUUUAUUUUGGCUGCAAAUUAUCUUCAGUCUCUCGACUGGCGCACAGACCCAGAGAUUCUCAAAAAUAUCAUUGCUUUCUACACUAAAGGCAGAGCACCGGAGCUGUUAGCGGGCUUCUAUGAAGCCUGUGCACAGGUGGAAAUAGACGAUUACCAAAAUUAUGAAAAAGCACUUGAUGCUCUGACUGAGGCUUAUAAGUGUCUUUCAAAAGCAAAGGACACUUCUGGAAAACAGGAAGUCAAACUGUCAGACAUGCAACACAAGAUCACUUUAAUUAAGAAGUUUGUCCAUGUGCGCAGGUUGUAUGUGGAGAACGCUACAGAGGCUGUGCGUGUGUGUGAAGCCCUCUUGGAAGAGCCGGACUUAGACCCAGCUGUCAGAGUGGGGGAUGCUUUUGGCUUCCUAGUAGAUCACUACUGUCAGCAGGGCCAAUACCAAGUGGCUUACCGCAGGUUAGAAGAGCUACAAAAACUGUUGCCAUCCCAAAACCUACGGUACUACAUCAGCCCAACCAGUCUGGAGGCCCUGCAGAGAGAGAUGGGUGUGAUCCUGGAGCACUCUGAACAGAAAGUGAUCAUAAAGGAUGAUGACGAGGUGGUAGAAGAGUUAAACGAAUCUCACUCAUGACCUUUUACUUUUAGUUUUAGUUGUUGCCUUAUCUGUUCGAUACGGAUUAAUCACUGUAAGUACUAUUAAGGCUUUUGCAUUGUGGCUGUUAUCAUAAUGUAAAGUGGUGCCAUUUUUCAUAUUUUGUAAAAAAUAAAUUGUAUCUUUCCUCACAUUACUGUUUUGAUGUGCAAAGAAAUACAAUUGUGUAAAUACUGUAAUAUGAAUAAAUGUUUGUACCUUUU